AUGGGUCUCGAAUUUAUUUUUCAUCCUCGUAAGCGGGGUAUGUUACUCUGGUCUGGGUUGCUUGUAGUCCUAAUUAUUGUAAGUGCGCGCCAUAAAAAUAACGCAGCACACGAGAUCUCGUUUGCUUUUCCUUACGAAGAGUCACGAACAUCCGCCGUCACCCGCUCAUUAAACUUUUUAUACUAUCCGAAUUCUCGUGCUUACAAUGAACACAUACGAAUUCAUUACUUUGCAACCAUUGCAAGAAGUGCUGCACCAAAUUUUACAGUCAUUCACUCAACGAACCAUGAGUAUUCCGUGUCUGUUUUUCGUGCAGCGCCAUACCCGAUUCUAUGGCUCGACGAGUAUGGUGAUGUUCACUGGAAUCUAGCAGCAGAGCGGGAGACGUUGAUAUACCUAGAAAAUAAACAAUUUCCUGCAUCAUUAGAAGACUCAAAGUUGAACAGAGAUGCACUUACGCAAAAAUAUUUGCAUGAAUGUGAAAAGAGACAGUUAAUUAUCAUGGUUCAGUGGGUUGCCGGCUUUUUCAGCAGGAUGCACUGUUUUAUAGAAAUGUUUGGUCAAACUUUGUACAGUCCUUCAAUGGCUGUGCUAGCACCAGCUCGCUUUGUGAUUUUGAACGCUGGUCGGGAUGAUUUUCUAGGCGAAGGUAUUUUACGCCAUAUAGCUCCUAUGUCACUCUGCUCAGCAUACAUGCAUCUUCUAAAGUCUUUAGAUACUCAGAUUCGAUAUUUGACUCAGAGUAAUGUAACUACACAAAAUAAUGCUUUGGAUAUCAUUUCAAUGAAUCAAUGGCGCUAUCAUAAGAAGAAAUUCAUGCUCCUCCGUGAUUUCUGGCGACUGGGUUAUGAGCAUGUGCCUCUAAGGAAAUGGCUGUUCGACCGAGAUCGAUUAAGUUCUCAGCGUAAGGUAACAUAUAGUUCAUCAUUACGAGUGUUAUCGGAUCAUUCAAGUGAACAUAUUUACCAAUCACCAAAUCUUAGUUUCGAUCUAAAGCAGUGGACCGCUUCUAACCGACCCCUAAAAGAACCAUUUGAUUACGUUCCAUCCUGGCAAGAUCGUGUUUUUACGUCAUUCUUACGUUACAUGUUCUUGAUAUUUUUCUCGCCCCUUGCUCCUCGCAUAGAAGCUUCCACUCGUUUACUUACAGAACACUGGUCUAUAUACCUUGGAGACAUGCAUGAUCAACCAUAUAAUGAAUCUCUUCGAGCAAUGGUUACGUUAUUCAUUCGUCGUGGAGACAAAGCUGUCGAAGACUCUUUCUAUAGAAAGCAUGGCUACUGGAGAAACAUUUCCCUGUUUGUCAAAGGUAUUGUUGACGAAGAGCAUCGCCGCGGUAUUAGGUUUAAGUCAUUGUUUGUAGUUACUGAUGAAGCGGAAGUGAUGACUUCAAUUCAGGACUACUCAAAUCUUGAUUCAAGCGGCACCGGUGAACAAUACGCACGCCAACAUUUAAAAGGUCGGCACAUUUUAUUCAAUGUUUUUGCUCCACAAGCAUGUUUCAAUCCAUAUGAAAAAAUAGGUUAUGAUCAAUUUCUAGUUAGCGUCAGCUUUGCGCUACGCCAUUCGAGUUUUGUUGUCGCACAUAACGAUUCAAAUAUAGGCCGUUAUUUCCAAGAGAUGUUCUACGCAACCAAGCAGCAUAACCCAGGUGUACAGACGCAAACGUUUGUCAAGAACGCACCGGAUAUACUCUCAUGA